AAUGCGGGCUCUUCACUCACGUUGCGAAUCGUCAAGUGAAGAACUUCUUUACUGUCCUACGAGACGAACUUUUACACGCGAAUAAAGAAAGAGAAAAGCAAAGAUGGCCAAAGCACCUGCAGUUGGUAUUGAUCUUGGCACUACUUAUUCUUGCGUCGGUGUAUUCCAACAUGGGAAAGUGGAAAUCAUCGCUAAUGAUCAAGGAAAUCGUACAACACCUAGCUACGUUGCAUUCACGGAAACCGAACGGUUAAUCGGUGAUGCUGCCAAAAACCAAGUUGCCAUGAACCCAAAUAAUACCAUCUUCGAUGCCAAGCGCCUUAUUGGACGUCGUUUCGAAGAUCCCACUGUUCAAGCUGAUAUGAAACAUUGGCCAUUCACAGUUGUAAAUGAUGGCUGCAAGCCAAAAAUUCAAGUAUAUUACAAAGGAGAGACGAAGACUUUCUUCCCUGAAGAAGUGAGUUCAAUGGUUCUGGUAAAAAUGAAGGAAACUGCUGAGGCAUACCUCGGAAAGACCGUCACGAAUGCCGUGAUCACUGUUCCUGCUUACUUCAACGACUCGCAGCGUCAGGCAACCAAGGACGCUGGUACCAUCUCGGGUUUGAACGUUUUACGUAUUAUCAACGAGCCCACCGCUGCUGCCAUUGCUUAUGGUUUGGAUAAAAAAGCUACCGGCGAGCGCAACGUCCUAAUCUUUGACCUCGGUGGUGGCACCUUUGAUGUUUCAAUUUUGACCAUUGAAGAUGGCAUUUUCGAAGUCAAAUCAACAGCAGGAGAUACUCAUCUUGGUGGCGAAGACUUCGAUAACCGUAUGGUCAAUCACUUUGUCCAGGAAUUCAAACGCAAAUACAAGAAAGAUUUGACUAUAAAUAAGCGUGCCCUUCGUCGUUUAAGAACAGCUUGCGAACGUGCAAAACGUACCUUGUCUUCGUCUACCCAAGCUAGCAUUGAAAUUGAUUCACUCUAUGAGGGAAUUGAUUUCUAUACUUCAAUCACCAGAGCUCGAUUUGAAGAGCUUUGUGCUGAUCUUUUCAGAGGAACACUCGAGCCAGUAGAAAAAUCAAUACGCGAUGCUAAAAUGGAUAAAGCUCAGAUUCAUGAUAUCGUCCUAGUUGGUGGAUCCACACGUAUUCCUAAAAUCCAGAAAUUAUUACAAGAUUUCUUUAAUGGAAAAGAACUGAAUAAGUCUAUCAAUCCUGACGAAGCUGUGGCUUAUGGAGCGGCUGUGCAAGCAGCUAUUCUUCAUGGUGACAAGUCUGAAGAAGUACAAGAUCUACUGCUUCUUGAUGUAACACCUCUAUCUCUUGGUAUUGAAACUGCUGGUGGUAUUAUGACUGCUCUUAUUAAGAGGAAUACUACAAUUCCAACAAAGCAAACUCAAACCUUCACUACCUAUGCUGAUAACCAACCAGGAGUACUGAUUCAAGUUUAUGAAGGAGAACGUGCACUGACAAAGGAUAACAACUUGUUAGGUAAAUUUGAACUCAGUGGUAUUCCGCCAGCCCCUCGAGGAGUUCCUCAAAUUGAAGUCACCUUUGACAUUGAUGCCAAUGGUAUCUUGAAUGUCUCUGCAGUGGAUAAAUCUACUGGCAAAGAGAACAAAAUCACCAUUACAAAUGACAAAGGUCGUCUCAGCAAAGAAGAUAUUGAAAGAAUGGUUAAUGAAGCUGAAGAAUAUCGUAAUGAAGAUGAGAAACAGAAGGAAACCAUCUCUGCAAAGAAUGGUCUUGAGUCUUAUUGCUUCAACAUGAAGAGCACAGUGGAAGAUGAGAAACUCAAGGAGAAAAUCAGUGCCAGUGACAAACAAAUUGUAUUGGACAAAUGCAAUGAUAUCGUUAAAUGGCUUGACACCAAUCAGCUGGCUGAUAAAGAAGAAUAUGAACAUAAACAGAAAGAAUUGGAGGAUAUAUGCAACCCCAUCAUCAUGAAAUUAUAUCAGGGAUCUGGUGGGGAUAUGCCUGGAGGAUUGCGUGGUGGAAUGCCUGAUGGAAUGCCUGGUGGUUUUCCAGGAGCUGCUGGUGCUAGUGCUCCUCCUUGUGGUGGUGGUGCAUCUGGCCCUACUAUCGAAGAAGUCGACUAAAUUGUUACUCUCCUGCCACACUACACUCUCUAUAAUUUAUUCCUAUGCAGAGGAUAACAACAACCUGAAGAACAUAGAAUUACACAGCUGCGAUCUUUCGUUCCUCAGUAUAAUUUAUCUAGGAUUUAGUUCUUUCUUAUAUCAUUGUAAAAGUCACUUUAGAUUUAUUUAUUUCGUUCCUCUGUAAAACUAGACAAAUGAUUUAUUCUAUUAAUUAUUUUUUACUGAUUACAAUGCGUGAACAAUAAUUUUACGCACGUUGAUUAUUGUAUUUACAUGUCAGUAAUAUGGAUAAAAGAUCAGUUGUUGAUUUUCUAUGUUCCAAAAACUAUGCAAAUAUAAAACAACCCCCGAAAAUUA